CGAGCCAGGGAAGCUCUCUAGCUCGUCUUCCCCAACCUUCAAAACCUCGCAGGCCUCACGCUAACAAGUCUGGCGAAAUUCUGUCUCCCUAAUCACUAUGUCGCAAGACACAACGCAGAGCAUCUUUGAAACGCUCGCAAGUAACUACACUACAGUGGCGUUUAUCACUAUCCUUCUGUAUGAUCAUGCCUUAACGCUCGCCGACGAAAUAGAAUUCAUCUGGAAACAGUCAAUGAGCACGGGUAAAAUACUAUUCCUACUUAAUCGGUAUAUACCGGAAAUCGAUCUUUUCAUCCUGAUGAACUCGUACACAAACGAGGCAAUCCACAGCGAAAAGGUCUGUCUACUGUGGUUUCAAAUUGACAGUUGGCUCGGUAUAUUCAAUGUAGUAGUUAUCGAUCUAAUAAUGUUGCUUCGGACAUGGGCAUUGUGGAGGCGAUCAAGGAUAGUCCUUGUCAUUCUCAGCACUCUGCUCGUACUAUGCAUAUGUGCAGCUGCUGGAGCAACGCUAUACGCUUCUAUUGCUGUUGUUCACGAACCCUCUCCUGGAAAUCUACGCCCUUGUGAGACUGGCUUUCCACGAACUGAAAUUCUAUACGGUCUUUGGGUCGCAAUUAUUGUGUAUGAUACUGCCAUCGUGAUACUCCUGCUAGUCAAAGCCAUUCCAGCACUGCGAUUGAAUGUUCCCAUAAUCGAUCAACUACUGAAAGAUGGGAUUCAAUAUUUCGUCAUGAUAUUAUUCACAUCUAUAGCAAAUGUCAUCGUCAUUAACGCGGCCCCACCUGCUCUGGCUACAAUGUUGUUUACCUUCUACCGUGUUAUGACUGCCACUCUCGGCUCGCGAAUGGUGCUGAAUAUUCGUGGAACCCUGUUAAAACCAGGAUACAACGAUGAGGAAACGAACGAACUCAUAAUAUUCAGCAGCAAAGCACCAUCGCUUUACCAAACGAUGACCUCGCCCGAUUUUGAGAUGGAGCGCAGUGUGCGAAGCACGCCUACAGUCACGGUGAAUGACAGCAUCGUGGAAGAAAUCGAAUCAAUACCAUAG